UAUCCAUCCCUUCUUCUUUCUUUCUUUCUUUCCUUAGUCUUGGCUUUCUUCUUUCUUUAUUUCUCUCUGUAUUUUGCUUUCCGAGAUGAAGACAAUCACAGCUAAGACCUCCCAUGACUCUUCUUUUGCCUUUUCCAAAAGGAACCUCAACUGGAAAAAGAAAUUUGAAGAAAAUAAUGAUGAGGAAGAAAUCUUGACCUUCAGUUCCUCCUCACACUUCUGCGAGGAAGAGAAGGAAGAUCACCUUACAAUCCCGGUACCUGCAGAAGUUUCUUCAGUCGGAGCACCCAGGAAAAAACUCUCACUUGUUGCUAUUUCCAAGCUCCGAUCGGCUCUCACCAUCUUUGGUAAGAACCGAUCAGCAUACCACUCCGGUUUAGGCACCAAAGUUAUCGGCACCCUUUUUGGUUACCGGCGUGGUCAUGUCCAUUUCGCAUUCCAGGAAGAUGCAAAGCUGUAUCCAGCAUUCCUAAUCGAACUCGCGACUCCAACGAGCGUUCUGGUUCGGGAAAUGGCUUCUGGGUUGGUAAGAAUUGCGCUGGAAUGUCAGAAGAAGACGGAGAAGAAAGGGGUGAAGCUGCUGCAAGAGCCUGUGUGGAGGACAUACUGCAACGGGAAGAAAUGUGGGUAUGCAAUGAGGCGUGAGUGCGGAGCAGAAGAAUGGAAGGUGUUGAAGGCUGUGGAGCCAAUUUCAAUGGGCGCAGGUGUGCUACCGUGCAGUAUUGGGGACGUGGAUGGUGUUGGAUCGGAGGGCGAGCUCAUGUACAUGAGAGCCAAGUUUGAGAGGGUUGUGGGGUCUAAAGACUCAGAAGCCUUUUACAUGAUGAACCCUGAUGGGUCUGGAGGCCCUGAACUCAGUGUGUAUUUGCUUAGAGUUUAGUGUUGUUGAAAGUACCAAAUUAUCUUGCACCAAAAAAAAGAAAGUACCAAAUUAUCAAUAUCAACUAACCGGUGCUUUGAUGUAUUAGAUUUUGGUUAAGGCAUGAAAAAAAUCGGAGGAUCUGCUGUCUGUCCCUUCUUGUAUUUUGGUUUACUAUUUUUCUUGGUAGUAAGGAUUAAUGGUUUUGAGAUUUCAUGCUGUUUUGGUGUUCUAGGUAUAGCGUGAUAGGAUUUUAGAUGGGUUGGUAGCGUAUAUCCAUUGUAUAGGUUGCUACCCUUUUGGGGUAGGUAAGUGGAAAACAAGAUGCAAAUGAAUUUCCUACUGGAAU